AGUCACCGAAUCGCACAACCCCUCGUCUUUGCCAUCGACGACGACGACGACGACGACAGACACGCGGGCAGACCAGUUCAGCUCAUCGUCGACGAUAUCGGCGAAAACAAAGGCGGCUUUCGGUGUUCCUCGUCCUGGCGCUCCCAUUUUGGGCCUUUUGAACCCACAGAGACGCUUCCCGAUACGUCUAGUUGCUCCACUUGUCCCUCGUGGUCAUGGAUGGCGAGAAUGUACAGUAUCAUCAACGUGAUGUAGUUGAAGGACCGUCAACGAUGAUGCAGGAUGCCCCGGUUAUGUUUCUUCCUCCACCGCCUGCCUACUCCCAACCCGAAACCUCCUUAGCAAGCACCCAGGAUCUUCUAGCUCGGUUCCAUCUACACGAUGCUUAUAAUAAACACGUUCGCCCUCAUACACCUACAUCUUUGCAGCCAUCUGCUGCCCCGCCUUCCGCGAUAUCUCCCAACGCCAACCCCCAUGACCAUCCACCAGAAAAUGACGAGAAGAAGAAAAAGAACUCGUACCGUCACUUAAUCAAGAACAUUCCCGGAAAGCAUUCAGUGAAAAAGGACGAUUACUUGACCACUACCAUGCAAGCACCACCCAAGCAACGAAUCGCAAUAGUAGAGUUUGAUGCGAGAACGCAAAGAGAAGCCUUCACAAUCAGCCCAGAGGGACUAAAAGGCGUUCGUACAAUGGCUAUGACGGUGUCAUUAGCUAACAAGGGUCAUAGUGGAACACAGGUGCAUUGAUUCUGGAAUCGGCCCAAGCGAAGGAGGAUCGGAAGAAGCGAGUAAGUUCCGUUUCCAGAAUCUUACUGAGUUAGAUGUGGGCGGAGAUGACCGUUUACCCAGAAAGAGCUCAAGCGACUUGCUCGUGCUCAAGCUCAAGGCGUCGUACCCGGUGCUAUA